CAACAGCUCAAGAACAUCCAUGCGUCGAACAGAAAUCCCAAGACGUCCAAGCUAUCAAGAAAGGUGUUCGAACGCUAUCUACCUACUACAGACGACAGAGAUCCCGCCCCAGCUGGCUACUAGUCUUCACCAAACCAAAGCCGACGAAAAAUGAUUCAAAAGCGUCCGACGUUUACGCAUCCAAGUGCUCGAUGCGACGUUUACGGCAAGGUCAAGAAGCUUUUAUUGGGAUGUGCAAUAUUCGGAUGUCUCUCAUUCACUCGCCUUGACGAAUACUCUCCGGUUGUGGAUGUCAGAAGACAGGACGAAUCCUCAACAGAAGCAGCCGCCGGUCCAACUGAUGAACAGAAAUGUGUUCCGUUACAUCUCCCACAUAAUCUGACCUUUCCAAGCCCCAUGCCUCCCAAUGCCACAAUAGCCCUUGAACCCAAGUUGGGUGCACAUCGAUGUGAUCGUGAUGCCGUAUUCGCUGUCGCUGCGGGGUAUAAAUUGCCUCAGAUCAUCUUGUUUGUCGAGACGCUCAUCCAAACGGGCUAUAGGGGUGAUAUCGUUUUGGGCAUUAACUCUGGAGAUUUCGCAGAGUUGCAAGACUUCUUUCAAUAUCACCAGCCACAAUUGAUUAUAUACGAGCUCCCUCUGCACUGUCGACACCGACCCAGAGGACCCAUUUGCCAAAUCCAUACAUUGUAUCGAUCCAACACGACGGGGGAAUACUUGCAGGAUGCUCGUCGAACUCGUUUUGCAGCAAUGCUACGGUUUGAGUUGUUUUGGGCGUGGACGACGUGGUACGGACCAACGUCACGAAUACUGGUCUCGGAUGCAAGAGAUGUAUUUUUCCAGACGUCUCCCUUUGACUACAGCGACGAGCAAAUCGACACAACAGAGCUUACAACCUCCACAACCCUGAAUGUGUUUCAGGAAGACUCCCUUGUGCGUGAUUCUGGCGCCAAUCGCAACUGGCUGCGAAACAUUUAUGGUGCCGAAAUUGCAGAUCCUAUGCUGGAUUUGCCCGUCAUCUGCUCCGGAACCACAAUGGGCGGGCGCAUUGCCAUGGACAUGUAUCUGCGAGCCAUGGUUUACCAGUUUGAUCGCACGGAAAGUACGCUCUUUGGUGGGGACCAAGCAUUACACAAUUAUUUGAUACACAGCCAACAGCUGAAUGCAAGUAGUGCAAUAUCAUUGUCGUCGUCGGAUGGUUUCACGAUGCGAGUGAUUUCUCACCCACCGGGUUACGGUGCAGUGAACACGGUCGGCUUGACCGCAAUGAGAAAAGGACCUCUGAAACAGAUUGGCGUCGUCGAUGGGCAAAACCGUACUCUCAACCAAAACGGACAGCUUGCCCCAGUAGUACACAUGUUCGACAGAGAUGAGGGACUGCGUGGAAUAAUGCAAGAUCAAACAGACAAUUUGCUAGCUCAGUGGGAACUCACGAGGAAUGGUGCCCAACAACAACGCAACUAAAGCAUUACCAAACAGCACGCAUCAAAAGAAAAGCUUCAAGCUGUAAAGACUAGUUUUGAUUGCCUCAACCGUUCCAGCGCACACAAAUGAGCAACAAACCUUGCAUCGCCGUUGCUUUCUACCAGACUUGCUCGAGGCGUAACUUUGGAUCUUGAAGAACUAGUACCGUGCCUGUGCCCAACAACGAAUCCCCUGACCUGGCUUCGUCCAGCAGAGGCUUUCUGGCGUCAAACGGUCACAGCUUGGGUAAUAGGAAUGGGGAAUUCGUCACUUGAAUUGGUUCCUCCAAGUCUUCCACCUGAGCAACGCGUUCACUUCGAUGGCCUGACGCUUGGCUUCAGUGAGCCUCUUGCGAAGAGACUAUCCAUACAUUCACGGGCAAGGGCGGGAGCUACAAGACCUGCCUCGGUGGAAGCCAAGGAACACAUCAGCGAAUGAAUUGCAGGAGCCGAACAGCCUGGAAAUAGGAUUUGCACUUUUUCAAACAGCACUUGUGCUGCAAUAGUCUCGUUCAUCAAGGUUGCUAUGAUGUACAGCAAGGAAAAUUGGACCCUUUACCAUGGAGUCCUUGCAGGUUGUGGCAUGUCUGCAGUGCAGAUUCUCCUAGCAUGCUUGCCUGGUGUUGGCCAUGCAUAAAUGGCAUGUGCUUUGAAGCAAGAUCAGGCAUGGGGUCUCCAAUGCCAUGUUCGUCAAAUAUGCCUUGGAUCAAGAAGCCACCAUGAGCUUGCACCUCUGCCUUGACGGAACUAACUGGCCAAUGCAGAUUUGCCCGUCCCAGAAGCACCUGUUACUUAGCCAAGUUCAGUAAAGUAGUUUGCACUGUGGUAGGCAUCUUGAAUAUCUUUCAAAUGAGUCUCUCUUUUGUAGAGCUUGGAAGACUCAUCCCGCCCACUCCAGAAACACCCAUUAUCUUUAGGCCUGCUGAGCCCGAUGCGUUCCUGUUCCAAUAGUUUGAUUGACGGCGUCAUUCUGCCUCAUGGUUCAUUAUUAGAAUACGGGUUGAGAACUCAGGCAGUUAGA